UGUACACUACUGCAUUUCGGGAUGCCUCCAUUCAGAUGGGUUCAUCUGAGAAGGCUUUGAUUACCCGCCAACGACAGACAGGCCCCGGCACUAGCUAUAGUUUUAAUAGCCGAACAUACAGAGGGUCUCACGAGUUCAGCCCAGUAGAGUACACGGUCGAUCUUUAUCAUAAUGGCAGAGUGGCUCGAUCUGACCACCGUCCUGGUCGGCGUGGUGGUGUUUUUUGGGUCGUACGUGCUGUUCCAGUCACACCGCGAGAAGAGGCGGCAGAGGCUCCCGCCGGGUCCGCAAGGCUGGCCGCUGAUCGGUCACCUGCCCAGCAUGGCCCGGGACGCCCACCUGCAGCUCACGGCCUGGCAACAUCAGUACGGGGAUGUCUACAGCAUCAGAAUUGGUCUGAAGAAAGUGGUUGUGAUCAACGGUUACGAGACAAUUCGGGAGGCGCUUGUGAGGAAAGCCGCUCAGUUCUCCAGCAGGCCCCACCUCUUCCUCACGGACUGUACCAACGGACCUGACGCUGUCGUGAUGGCACCGUACGGAGAGAAGUGGCGAGCCCGCCGUAAGAUCAUGCUGUCCGCCCUGCGGAACUUCGGGCUCGGGAGGGACAGGUUCGAGCAGGACAUCCAGGACGAGUGCCGCCAGCUGUGUCAUGCCGUGGCAGAACGACAGGGUCGGCCGUUCGACAUUCACAGGUUGCUGCACAACGCCGUGUCCAACAUCAUUUGCUCCAUUAGCUUCAACAGGCGCUUUGAGUACGAUGACCCUAAAUUCCUUCUCCAGAUGCAAAUGCUGGACCGCAUCCUCCAGCUAUUCCAGUCCUGCCAGAUCAUCGACAUCUUUCCCGUCGUACGCCACCUGCCGAUCCUGGGCAACAACUACAAGGAGUGGCAGGACCUGGUGGGAGACGGGCAGCACCGUUUCAUCAAGGAGAUUGUCUCCGAGCACAGGACGACCUUCGACCCGCACAACCUCCGCGACGCCGUCGACGCCUUUCUUUACGAGAUGAACAACGAUGAAAACAGGGGUGUCUUCUCCGGGGAAAAUGUUUGGAACCUUCUGAGUGACCUGUUCACCGCUGGGUCCGAGUCCGUGGCCUCCACCCUGCAAUGGGCCCUUCUCUGGGUCAUGGUUCAUGACGACGUCCAGAAGAAGGUGUGUGAGGAAAUUGACCGGGUGGUCGGACGAGACCGCUGGCCGUCCCUUAGCGACAAGCCCUACAUGCCGUACACGGAGGCCACUCUCAUGGAGACCAUGCGGAUCCGCACCCCCAUCCCGUUCGCCAUUCCGCACGAGAACACCGUCCCCGCCACCCUGCAGGGGUACGACAUUCCUGCCAACACCUACAUCCUGGUGAACCUGUGGUCAGUCCACAUGGACCCCGCCAACUGGACGGACCCCGAGAAGUUUGACCCCAGUAGGUUCCUGGACGACCAGGGGCAGUUGAAGUCUGUCAAGACGUACCUACCCUUUUCCACGGGCGCACGAGUCUGUCCCGGAGAGCAGCUGUCAAGGACAGAGCUGUUCCUGUUUUUCACGUCCCUUCUACAGCGAUUCACCUACCGACUGCCAGAUGACGCUCCUGAACCCAACCUGAAGGGAGAGAUAGGCAUCACUCUGGCACCACCAUCCUACACACUCCACGCCACAGAGCGAUGAUUGACACCGCCAGGGGACGAGAAAUGACACAAUCCUGAGCUACAUGUAUGAUAAGGCCACACAAACUUGGUUUUAUGGCUGACAUCCAAGGUGGAUCGCUCUUACAAGAUGCCUAUUGCGUCGUAUCUUUCAUGUAUCUGUCAACUAUUCUUUUGUCGCGACCUGUACCCAAUGGGUAUAUAUGAACAAUAAAUGUCGUCAUUGAAUUCAA